GGCACAGCGUUUUGACUUCCCCUUCACUUCCUAAUUUUAACCUGACAGCGCUGACACAAAAUCCCUUACCCCGCGCCAACCUGACUCCGCUCACUCACUCUCUCACUCUCUCACUCUCCUAUUUCCUCAGCUUUGUGUGCGCGCGCAACACAAGACCAAAACAGCAGGAUGUCGCCUCAAGGAGAACAUCGAUCGCCGCCUCCGGAAUACAGCGCUGAAGCUCCACCUCAAGUUCGUGCUUCGCCCCACGCGCAAGCUCCUAAUGACUUCGAUGAGGGCGUCUCAGGUGCUGAACCUUCUGCUACGACUCUGAUCGACGGCGUACAGCAGCAAGUUGAAGCGCCGGCUGACGGCUCUCGCGUCGCGAAGAGACGCAAGCAGUCUGUUGGAGGCGAGGCGGCCAACGGAGGACCUGAGAACGAUCUGCGUCUGCGAGCUGCUGAUCUUGAACUUCGCGGCGAGCACCUCGCGCUGAGAGUCCUUCUCAAUGAUAAGGAGGCGACCAUCUCACGUCUCAGGCUCAAGUACGAAGAGCACAAGGUCGUUCACCUUCGAGAACAAACACGUCUGCGUAAAGACCUCAACAAUGCGGUCGCUGUGCACAACGAGAGCUCAGAUACGAUGAAGAAAGAGGUUCUGGGUCUCAAGAUUGAGGCAAACGAGCUCAAGAAGGAGAUCAACAAACGCGAUGCGCGUAUCUUGGGGCUCGAGCAGCAGCUAGACCAUCUCAGCUUGGCCUACACGCGUGCCCCAGCCAAGCACCGUGAACCGUCUCUGGCACCAGAUCCCAACCAAGCCGUUCGUGAGCAUCCCGAGUACAAGCAUCCAGAAGCUCCAAGGCAAAAUCCAACUUACAUGGGCUUCAACUGCAAGGUGACUUACCCAGUCGGAACAGGCAAGGUGUGGGUUGGCAGUUACGGUUCAACAAAGUAUUGGGACCUCGGUCUUUGUCGCAGCCACUUUGAGUACGGCAAAGUCUGUCAUGUCCGCGGCUGCGAGUACCGUCAUGAGCCGCUCACUACAAACGAGCAAAUCUACAUUGGUCUGUUGGAGCCUAAGGGCCCUAAGUUUCUCAGAGAUGUAGCCAUCUGCAACGUCGCUCGUCGCAACAAGGUCCUCUUGUAAGCUUGUCGGAGCUUGGCGCCGCACUUCACCCGAACUAGUUGGAGAAGGUUGGAGACAGUUGGAAACUUUGAGAGCUUAGAUAGCGUUGUGAGCCUCAGGCUCGAACCUCGAUAGUGGAAUGAAGC